AUGAUCUCAAUGCAGCGAUCUCUAUCGUCGCCCGUCUGUAUACAUACCUCUCCACCCUCGAGGCAACAGGCGACCGCCAGCCCGGCCGCCGGCGCGAGUGCGCCCAAGAGGCCGGUGAUCGAUCAAGCUGUAGGCCCGUCGAGGAACCCUUCCCCGACUCCCUCUUCCAGCCCGCCCGUCCCGUCGAGCCCGCUGCAGCCCAUCCUGAAGGAUCAUGAAGACUCAGGUCCCCUUCCGCGGCCGCUUCUAAGCGACGUGUCCAUGUACACCAAUCAUCACCUGGCUAUUGAGAACGAGGGCACCACUCUCGAAGAACUUGCCCACCUUGUCCGCCUGUCCAAAUAUCAAGAGCGCAAGUGCGUCAAUACCCGCACUCGCCUGCAGAGAAGUUUGAUCUCGACUGCUCUCUCGGCGCGCCUAACUCGCUGUGGAGAGACUUCGCUGCGAAACCUGGCGGACAGCUUCCGAAACGACGACAAGAGAGCCUUUGCUAAUCUGUUUGCUGCCAUCCAUGAUAUUCGGAACCGCUGCGACGAGACCCGUCGCCAUGCCCUCUUGGAGCCCGACGUGGAGUCCCUGCAAUCGUCGGGGGUGGCGUCCGUGGAAACCUUGAUCUCCCCACCCCAUUCGGCUGAAGCCAUCGGUUCCAACAGUUUCGUCGUCCCCUUCCUCGCUGACAUUUCCGCCUCGGCUAGAGAGGCCUUCCUCAACUUCCUCACCCAGAUCCGGACCAACCCGGACUACCUAGCCACGAGACUAUGCGCGCUGAAUGCCACCGAACUCCAGGCCCUCACUACGUUCCACCAGGGAUUGGAGCCCAUAGAGUCCGUACUGCCCUACCACGGCCGCACCAGCGGACGCGGACACACCAGCGGCCCUAGUAGACAAGGAGGCCAGACUGCCCUGAAUGCCGUGGAUCGACUCUUGUCCUUCCAGCGCCACGACCCCCUUUCUGCUCUCAUACACACCUGCUUUGCUAACUCAGCUGGUCCGGACAGCGCCGAGGACAAGCGGAGAACCGGGAUCUGGGCCACCGCCUUUGCUCGCCUGAUCUCCACUAGGUCGACUAGCGAGCCGGUUUUGAUUUCCAUCCUCAAUGCUUGGUCUGCUAUGCGUGACUGGUCCGGACGGGCCAAUAUGGAAUGGUACCUUAUGAAGAUACUGGAGGAUGGCGCGUUCCUGCUCGACCGAGCUGAGGACCAGAAUGGGACUAGGUUUAACCUCUCGGAUUGGUCUACGAAGGAUACUAUUGCCGCCGAGGAGUUUUACGAGCGUGCCGUGAACGAUCUCUUUGCCGUCAUAGACGACGAAGACGCGACCGGCAUCCCCGAGGGCGUUAUCGAGCUUGGAAAUGAGAUCCUUCGUCGGCUCGAGAUGAAGGAUACCACGCGUAGCCUCGUCGAUUCUACUCGGAAAUGGUUUGUAUACAAGUGGCUCUUCUCUAGUUGGUUGUUGGCCGUCGUCAUCCACCCGGAGAGCUACGGGAUGAUGGCGGAGUACCACAUCACCGAGUACGGCCGCCAGAAGAUCUUGAAGCAGGUUGCCACGUUAGCACAGCAUUAUGUGGUGGAGAUGCUCGCCAAUUCCAACCCGCUCCAGAAGCCGGUGUCUACGCCCCUGAAGGUCAAAGGCCACAUUGAGAAUAUCCUAGGCCGUUUCAAGCCGACGGCAAGCCAGAGGAUUGGGAGACUGCUUCCAGCUAGGUCCAUCACGUCUCUGAGAGAGACUGUCGAGGUGCACCCUUACUUGGUAAUUAGCCCUGCUGACCUAUCCACGCUUGUCAAUGCGCUCUACCCGGACCGUCGGCCGCCGUCCGCCCACUCUAGCAUCCGCUCUGGCGCGCCGUCGAUAUCGGGCUUCUCUGCCAUAUCCCAGCCGAUAUCUAUCGCCACAUCAAGAACUAACUUUGAGACUGCCUCCGUCCUCAGCAUGAGCGCCUCAUCCGUCUUUAGCGAUGGGACUACUUCGGGUGAUCCCUUGCUGGACGACCAAUUAGCCGGCACACCCCAGAGAUUGUCGCCUCCUGGGUCUGACGGGGCCAGGCAGAAGCACGUCAACAACUACGAGGAUGAUGGGUACCGCCUUCGCCUGGCCAUGCAUGAGAUGUCCCAGAUCCUAGGCUCGGACGUCAUCUCGGGCGCGUGCCACCCGUGCGCCGAGCGCUGGGCGGUCGUGUUCAUCUCCGCCGAUGGCAACGGCCUUUCCCUACAAAUGACCUACGACCCCGACGAUGAUCCCGAGGAGGAGAACUCCUCUACAACCAGUGACACGGAGGACGACGAGCCCGACGACAAGCCCGACCUUGACAAGGAUUAUCACCAGCUGCGAGAUUCGGUACUGAAACUGGUCGAAGAUUUCGAGAUCCCGCAAGGUCUCGAAGACCAUGGUACCAAGACGACGUUUAGCAAUCGCGCGUCCGGGUUGAAGAGGUAUCGAUCCAGGAGCAAGAUCAUCACCCCGGGCACGUCGAUGGGUAGCCGCAACCCGUAUCGCACUAGGUGCGAAGAUGAACAAAAGUCCAAGCGGGCUGCCGAUGAACCUGAAAGCGCCUCCGAGGGAAAGGAACCGGCAAGUGAGCCUGAGAAUUCCGCCUUGAUCACUAUGCUGGCCGCCGCCUCCUCACAAUCUCGCAUCCAAUCCGACUUCGUAUCGGCGCAUCUCUACUGGAAGACCCUCCAACAGUUGAACGCCCUAGCCUCGCCGUCCCUGCGUAAAAACGGAUUCGCCACGCUUCUAAACAUCUUCUCUCGGGGUCCUCGCGAUUCUAUCCGGCGCUCCGCCUCGGCGAUCGAGGAAUAUGACGCCUGGCUAGUCUGGCUGAAGCAGAGCCAGGAGCGCCACGAAGGCCUCAUCGAGACCAUGAUGAAACGCCUGAAGGCGCUGAGGGAUAAGAUGUGGUAUGUGACAGACGUUCAUAACUCGGCUCCCUACGAACAUACUCGAAACAUUUGUAGCGCUCUCAAGAUCAUGGGCAUGCCGAAGAAAUGGAGCGCGUUCCAGCGCAGCCGAGCCCAACUGUCCCGUGGGGCAGCCUCCGCCUACAUCUAUCGCAACGAAUCCCAAAUGCUGGAUCUCUUAGCCGCGAGUGAGGAUCAAGGCGGCCCCAACAAACUCAGCGACGCCCAGGCCGAGAUAACUAGCAAGUGGUUAGAACAAUUCGGUAUUCAGAAUCUCUGCCAAGGCGAGGAGCGCAUACAUCGUUUCUGCUGCGAAGUCGAUAGCUGCGUAGGAAAGCUGGUGGGCGAGAAUAUCAUGGACGGUCCUGUGCUCUGGUCGAGUGAACUAUACUCACGGGACCGGAGGACGUUCGAGGGCCCCCGGACAUCCCGUGAAAGAGAAAGCGUAUGGGGCGACGACGCCUCCAGUGUCAUCAGCAGCGAACACGAUAGACGAUAUGCUUCUCCGUCGCGUCGGGCGGCCUCGGUAGCUCGAGACCCGAGAAACAUUUCCGCAUUCAACACUAGCCAGAUCUCUCUCGAUUCCCACCGCCGCUUCAGCUUUUCCAGAGCAAGCACUGCGAUGUCUGAUACCUUGGACGCACACGAUUAUUAUGGAGCGUCGCCUCCGCUUCAUGCCAUUGACUCGUUGUCGACUUACUGGUCCCCUUUUCAGUCUACGAUGUCAACCGUUAGUUCGGCGACGUCGCGCGCCCAGUCCCCUACGACGAGUGUCACUAACCUCUCGAGCACCUUCUCGCACUCCAACAAUCACCAUCCGUUACCAUCUCAUCACUCCUCUGCCGGACGAUCUGUAAUAUCCGUGUCAUCGAACGAGACUGUUCACUUGCGGCAGCUCUCGGAAGGGAAACAGCGUUUCCUCUCCGACCUUCGUCAGACCCUUACUAGCUUGUUGCUGUCGGAGCUGGGAAACCUUGUGUUUUCGUCGGGGUCGGAGACGGACGGAUGGUUCGGCACCUUAGGGCAAGAGUGCAUCGACCGUCGCGACGCCGAGGAGCGGAAAGCGCGGCGACUAUCGAAGAGGGAUCGUUCUAGCAAGAACCUCGCGAAGCAGCGGGUGAUCGAGAAGAGGAAGAGUUUCGGUAACCUUCGACAGGCCGGCGAGGCCUCUAGAGCCGACCCGAACGCGGACAGGCCCGACAGCGCUUUCGGGUUUAGUAAUGAUAGCUCUGCCACGAGCGACACGACGUCAGCGCGCGCGAGAUCUUCAAAGAAACGCGAAGUCCCCGACUUCCCUUAUACGAAAGCCUACCAAAGGCUGCUGGGAAUCUUCUCUGUCCACCCUAACCCAUACACGAAGCUUAAUGCCCUCAUUGAGCUAGAACACCUUAUCGCUGCGUCGUUGGCUAGCGGCGGGCGUCGCUCUCGAUGGCUGCCGCGACAUCAGUCGAUAUCCAUCGACGACGAUCUAGGCAUGUCCGGUAGGGCUAGUACGAUUGAUCUGGGCACGGACAGUAUGAGGGAACGGCGCCCCCAGUCGUUCCAGUCGCAUAUGGCUACAUUCCAGCCCCGUUCCAACAAGAACUCGGACGUUCGCUCCGUCAUCUCCAUAAAAGACACAGCUAACGCAGAUGCCAUUGCGCAAGUGCUUCGGUCGCUUUUCAAAGAUGCGGGCAUCCGCCCCAAGACAUUAUUCCGCGACUUACAGUUCAUCAACUCAUUUGUCUCAUCCUCUACUUUAGACACUGACCGUACCAAGCCGUUCUGGGACAUCGCAGCGGUGGUCGUGUCGCUCAAGCAGGACGUGAUCACGACGAUGGUCGAAGUUGCAGACGAAAUCUUGACCUACUACACUCCAACGAGAAAGCGACCGGACGGCGGCGAAGAGAUACCAGAGGUAGCGCGGCAACCGCCAUCUCAUUCGCUCCGCGAUGCAGCAACAAUGUGGACUAUCGCAGCGAAGGAGGGCAGCGCAAUCGCGCAGCGCGAGCUAGGACUCUUUAACCUCAGUAAGCCCGAGCUCGUCGAGAGAAGCAUGCUACCGAUGUCGAAACCACGUGAUGUCUUCAAGCAGGCUGUCAUGGAGAAGUUUGGAUCGCGACCCGGCGGUGGUGCGCGCCACGCCGCUGACCGAGGCCGUAGCGGCCUGGGUACGGUGGGAACAGCAUCUUCGGGCGUACCGGAUGCGAACGCGGGCGUCGAUGGCGAUGUGAGGAGCGACCCGGCUCUGAUGUGCAUUGCUCUCCAUUGGAUGGAGGAGGCCGAGCGCGGCGGAGACGAGCUGGCCAGGCAGUUCAUCGGCCAGCACGAGAUGGGGUUGUGA